CUAAAGUUAACGUGUCUGAUCAUUUGUACUUGUUGCGUUUGUACAGCCCGGCGGAGGGAUACUCGAACCUCGCUGUGAAAGAGUGGGGAGUCCGCUGUUGGAUAAGGUAGUUAACGUUAGCCACGCGUAGUCCUUCGGCAGGAAGAAUAUUUAGCUAUGUUAUUUUACCUGUCAUAAUAGCGACAUUUUAUUAAACGUAUAUUCGAGCUACAGCGCCUUUGAUGUGUACGGAUGGUGUGACGUGGAGCUGAAAGAAUCCAGGUAACGUUGCCACAAUGCCACUUCAUGGGAAAAUAGUCGUGAUUAAACGUAGUGGUGGAGAUGGGACUGAAUUUCCUCUCACUGCGUCGUGCUUAUUUGGAAGGAAGCCUGACUGUGACAUUCGUAUUCAGGUUGCUCAAGUCUCUAAGGAGCACUGCCGCAUUGACUUGAAUGAAAAUAAAGAGGUUAUUUUGACAAAUCUGAGCUCGGUGAACCCGACUCGAGUCAAUGGAGAGGCUCUGCAACAGUCCGAGCGCUUGAAACAUGGAGAUGUUAUAACCAUUGUUGACCGUUCCUUCAGGUUUGAGUACCCCCCGGGGCCUACGCCAAAGAAAUUUGCCAAAGAAGGCAAAACCGAAACUCCCAAACCUCAUCUGCAAGAUGGAACCAAUCACAACAUCCAGCGAUCCCUGGAGGACCCCAUGGAGGCCGGUGACAUGGAACCAAGCAAGACCAUGUCUCCUUUUAGUGAUCUCUAUCAAAUGAUCAGGAAAUCAUUGGACGUCAAGACCCCUCAGAAGUCUUCUGGCAACAACGUCCAGAUGCCAACAAGCAAAAACAAGGAACAUGUUUCCGCAAAAGGCACACCAAAAAUGUGCAAGGCUGGUGCUGAAGGUGAAACGGAGGAUGUCAUCCCAAAAUCUGACAAGAAGAGGAGGCAUUCCUCCCAGAGUCUUGCAUCUGACGCAGCGGCUACUCCUGUUAAAGGCGCAGAAAAUGUCAACUCUGAAGCAGCCUCGCCGCAGACAAGGCUGCGUACGACUCCUCAGAGGUUUCCUGCCAAUGAGGUUGUCAAGCAAGUUUGUACUCCAACACCGAAGUCGCCUAUGAGACGGAGGAGCAAGGAUGCCACACCAGCCAAGGACCAGGAGGAAGUGAUGCAGAGUCCUGACACAGACUCGACAGGAGUCACUGAAAAUGCAGACCCGAAAACAUAUGGAAGUGCAGAUCUUGUCAACAAGAAGAAGCGGGUUUCCUUUGGCGGGUAUCUCGUUCCCGAGUUGUUUGACAAGAAAUUGCCCCCUGAUUCUCCGUUACGUAAAGGAGACACCCCAAGGAGAAGCCUCUGUCUGGCUAAACCCAAACAGUCACUUCUUAGACGGGCAUCAGUCAUUGGCUGUGAAAAUGUGGCUGUGAUUGGAUCACCUAAAGGUUCUGGUAAGAAAUCCCCCAAAGGAAAGUCCCCAUCUCCUGGAAAGAAGACUCAGAAACUGAGCACACCUUCUCCUGUUAAGAAAUCACCCAAAUCUACCCCAGCGUCUGCAAAGGGGCACUCACCAGGAAAGAAGUCUCCCAAAUCAAAAACGCCUUCUCCCAAGAUGCCAAAAUCUGCACCAGUCUCUCCCAAGGGAGCAUCUCCCAGAAAGAAGUCACCAAAACCCAUCACUCCCUCUGCGAAGACCUCACCACCCAAAUCUAGGUCCUCUUCCCCAAAAGCUACAGGACGCAUAUCGCUGAAAUCCAACACACCGAGAAGAGCAUCGUCCCUCAGUAACAAACUGGCAACUCCUGCGACCAAAAAGCGAACGUCCCACAGGCCCACCCCUGAGGAAAAUGUCAUCAAAACCCCCUUGAGCUCCCAAAUGCAAAUAUCUUCUGUGCAAGGGCGCUUUUCUGUGUCGCGCAUCAAAACCCCUUCGCCAAUCGCAGAAGACGGCGUCAGAACGCCGUCGCCUACGGUCACACCAAAAAUCCCCCUGAGAAGGAAGAGCAUGAAGAGCACGUCCCGCAAGACUCCCAGGUUGGCAAAGAGUGCUGCCAGAGUCGUGCUCAGAAGAAGUGGCAUUUCACGGGCAUCAAUGAAAGUCAUGAGUGCGUGGGCGGACAAGGUCAAGUUUGGGAAGGCUAAGGUGCCAGCGGUUGCACCAGCUAAAAAUGUCAUGAAAAGUACUUCAAAAGCUCUGAAGGUCACGCAUGUGUCCAAACUACAGACCCCUGUGAGAAAGCCACUGAGCCACACGAGCACUGGACAUGCAAAUUCACCCGCCACCAUCACUGUGGGCCGAGCUGUCAAGCAGAACGUCACGCUCCCUGUUGGUGCCGCACCAAAAGUGAUGUUCACUGCAGCUGUCUCAAAGAAAGACCUGAAAAUGGAUGAAGAUUUGACUGGAGUUUCGGAAAUGUUUAAAACGCCUGUGAAUGAGAGAAAGAGGAGGUCUCAACAAGACAAGAGUGGUGCCAAGAAGACACCCGUGAGAGCCGAGGAGCCCGCUGCGCCAGAGCCAUCCUUGCUGAACACCCCCGAGGAGCCAGGUGAAAUGAUGGUAUCUCCACUCACUGCUGCAUCCGCAGUGAAAGCAAGCACAUACAACAGAGAGGCAGUGAAACGCCUCCUUAACGACGAUGAAGAAUCCAGCUUCGUCUGUGAUGCUUCUACUCUGAAGCCCAUUUACAAUUCUACUGAACAGGAGUGCAUAAAAAUGAAGACAAGCUCUGUCGCAACUCCUAAACAGAAGCCCCAACCACCUGAGUGUCUUACUGGAGUGAAGAGGAUCAUGAAGACCCCAAGACAGAAUGCUGAACCUGUGGAGGACCUCAGAGGAAGACUUCUGAAAACACCUAAUCAGAAACCUGUGUGGCAGGAGUGCUUCACCGGAGUGAAGAGGAUCAUGAAGACCCCUAAACCUAAGAAUGAACCUGUGGAGGACCUGAGAGGAAGACUUCUGAAAACGCCUAAACAGAAACAUGAGCAGCAAGAGUGCCUCACCGGAGUGAAGAGGAUCAUGAGGACCCCCAGACAAAAGGCUGAGGCCAUCGAGGAUCUGAGAGGGAAAAUUCUGAAAACUCCCAAACAGAAGUAUGACGUGGCUGAUGUUUCUUUUAGUGGCCUGGCAGAUCUGCUGGAGACACCAGCCAAAAAAUCACAACCCGAGGAGGCCAACGCAGAAACUCAAAAGGUGGACGUCGGCUCCUCCGACGUGAAGACAAUAGUGAAAACACCCAAGCAGAGAAGCGCUCCAAUUGAAGAUAUGCUCGGCAUUGAGAGGCUCCUGAAAACUCCCAAAGAGCGAAGUCAACCGGUAGAGGAGAACUUUGGUAUCAAGAGACUCAUGAAGUCACCCAAACCGAGGGGUAAUGCACCUGUGGAGGACUUUGAUGGACUUCAAGAUCUCAUGAAGGAGCCAUUAUCUGACCGUAUAAAGCAGCCGGACACAGCCAAGUGUGAAGAUCAAACAACUGUAAGCAGUGGCUUGGACAUGGAAAAAGGCGACACAACUAAAGUUUUGGCGGAGGUGCCAGAUGCCAAACAAGUCAUUUGUCAAGCUGUGGUCAAAGAAGAGAAGCCGCCAGUGACAGAAACUGCUUCUACUGACCCCGCCGCUUCCAAGAAACCCAUUCGAGGCAGAAGAGCCAAAACGGUUGAACGUAAAGCAGCUGCUGAUAAACAGGAGAUGACAGAACCUUCUCAAGAUCCUGCCCCUGUCAGAGGAAGUCGAGGUAGGAAAGCUGAGCCUACUGAACAUAGCAGGGAUGAUGCUGAGCCUGCACAGGGAGACGUAAAAGCUGCCCCCAAACGAGGAAGGGGUGCCAUAAAGGUCUCUCAAAAAAUUGAAAUGGUCCAAGAAUCUUCUGCUGAAACUUUGCCGGAGCCUGAGAGCAAGUCGAUUGUCCCACCUGCAAAGAGUGGAGAUGCUGCAAUCCUGGAAAAAACAGCUAUGAAGCCUAAGCGAGGCCGAAAACCCAAACAAGAAUCUCUGCAGUCCAAACCUGAUGUUUCCCAAGAAGGAAAUGGCGAUGACAAGCUUGAGCUAACAUCAAUGCAACACAAUGAAAAUAAGCUCUCUGAAGUGGAGGUGGCAGCUGAGAAAGACGUCACCACCGCACAGAAAAAGUCUCUUCGUGGGAGAAAAGGCAAAUUAGUGGAGGAAUCUAGAGCAGAGCAUGAAAAGCAGGAGGUCGCUUGUGAAGAAGCCGCCGUCUCUGCUCCAAUCAGAGCAAGAAGAGGCAAGAGGACUGAAGCGACUGCGCCACCUGCAGGACAGAAAACUACCAGAAGCAAAAAAGCCAAAAACGACUCUGUUGCUCAACUGGAAAUAGUCGAAAAUAUGGAGCCUGUGACCUCAGCCGAUACCGUGAAUGAUGUAACAGCAUCUACCUCUGGCCAAGAUGAGGUCAAUGAGCCUGCAGUGGAACCGGUCUUGAGACCAAGUCGGGGCAGGAAAGCAAAGUACGAGCAAGCUGAACCACUUCACUCGGUGCCAGAUAAAACACCCGACAGUGUCACCGAACAAGCUGAGCUACCAGCACCCACCGGUGAUAAACCGAGACGAGGGAGAAAGUUGAUCUCGGAAAGUUCUGCGCUACAUGAACUUGCAAAGGACACACAGCAGUCCAAGCCUGCCGCCAAAACCAGAGGAAGGAAGACCAAGCAGGAAACGGAGCCCCAGGAUCCAGUUUUAAAAUCAAGGAGUAGCAGAAAAGGUGAGGAGACCUUUGCGUCUGAAUCAGAGAAGAUAAGCCAGCAAGAUCCUGGGGUUGUAAAAAGCAAACGUGUAGGCGCUGGGAAAUCAAAGAAAGAAGCAACAAACGUCACUUCUGAUGAAUCCACAGAGAAUCAAGAUGGUCCAAUUGAGACGCCAGCAGAAAAACCCAAACGGGGCAGAAGAGCAAAACAAGUUGAAGAUGUCGGCACCACGGAAAUACCUGAGCAGAAGCCCCAAAGGGGAAGAGGAGUGAAAACCAAUUCGAAGGAUGACAUUUCACAAGUCAUUCCCGCCAAGAGAGCACGACGUGGGGAGGAGGCCAAAAAAGUAGAAGCGCUGGUCACGGUUCCAAAGUCGGCUCCUGUGUCGGUCGAACCCGUCAAACGUGGAAGACCGGCGGCGGCCAAAGCCUCAUCAGCGUCAAAUGCCACUGACCGUUCAACUGACGCCAUUGCAGAAUCUGCACAAACAUCCCAGAGAUCAGUGAGGUGGAAGACGGAGUUGGAAGUCCACGAGAUUCCGAAAGCCACACCUGUGAAGGCGGUACGAGGCAGGAAGUCAAAGCCGGCUGAGCAAGCUGAACCACAGCCUGCCAAGAGAACCAGGCGAGGGGCAAAGGCUGCAGAUGAAGUGGAUUCCACCAACAAAGCUGAAGAGACUCAGCCUAAAACCAGAAGAGGGAGAUCAGCAAAGAAAUGAACUUUGUAUAUAGUCAAUCAUGUCAUGUUUUUUGUUUCUGCCAGUCAUUUUAGAUGAUGUCCUUUUUUGUUGAUUUUAAAAGAAAAGAAACACGUUAGUACUGCGUGUUAAUUUUUUGCAGCAGGGAAUGUUAUCCAGUUAUUUUGUGACCUGUAUUUUAUCCAUGAUCCUUUUUGUAUGGUGACAAAAAAAUAAAUUUCUAUAA